CUAAUAUGUUGGGAAUCUGUAUUGUAGAGUGAAAUCGAGUCCUGGCAGUCCUGGUAGUGGUUCGAACUCUGAUGGGUUGGUUGGUGGAGCACGGCGACGACGACGACGGCAGAAGGAAUCGUUGUCCCAAAGUGUGAUAAGAAGUGAGAAGAAGGGUAGAAAAAAAAACGAGGAUAGAUCAAACGGGACACGAUUUUCCAACGCAUCGGGAAAAGCUCCAACCAUGGCCGGCCAGUAGAUUCCUCUCGAGCGCGCGUGUGUUCCUCCGUCGUGGAUUCCGUACUACAAAAAAACGUCGUGAUCGUGCGUGCGUGCGUGCGUGCUUUUGCUGUGUGCAGCUGAGGCGUAUUGCGUAUAGCGUCUCGCGUGUGACCGUCUAUCUCGUCCGUCCGUCCGUCCAUCAGUCCUUCGAGAUCUCGGGACUACUGCUGCUACUGCUGCUGCUGCCAAGGAUUAUCUGCCGAUAGUAUCACCCCACGAAAAGGUCCCCCCCCCCUGCGAAACUUCCCGGAAGCCUUGGAGGAAACGCGGAUUCCGCGGGGGCAGAAUCGCUGGAAAGACAUCAAUCGCCGUGUGAAGCAACCCCUCCGUGUUUCCGAUUGAGGAAAAUUGAUGAAAACCUCAAGUGGUGGAAAAAUUAUAGUUUCGGAACCCGGACCAGUUUCGCACACGGUGAUGGGGGUGUACCCCCUGACGGGAAAUGCAACCACCCCAACGUUACAUACCGUCAGUUUCUGAUUUAUACGGUACAGACGAAAUAGAGUUCCUCCUGGACGAAAUACGGGAUCUCGAACCGGCCUGCUGUCAGCUAGAGGACAUUCAAGACUUUGAGAUAGCUGGCAGCAGAGCUGGUGAGCUUUCAAUAUCGCUCGAAUCGCCGCUGGGCACGUGCACAUCCUGGGACUCGCACGUACAUUACCGUCAAAGGAUAGGGAACACACCGCUACCGUGGGGCGUUGCGCUGCACUGCGACGCCUCACACCUGACCAGCCCAACCGGCAUCGUGCGGAUUCUGUUGGUGAUAUCGUCAGCAGCCUGUUUAGCCUGUGAAUGUUCGGCCGGAACCGUGCAAGUCGGGUUGUUUUUACUGCCACUGAUUGGUCGAUUGAGGUUAAUGGUGUUUUGCGCCCUGUUUUCGCUGUUAAUAACGUGUUUAAUGCUGUUUUUGGAUAUAUCGCACAUAGCACUGAUGUUUCCCUUCAACUGGGGAAAACUGAAUGCAUGGAUGUACCUGACAAUCGGUUUAUUAUUUCUUGUUGGCUCGUCACUGCUGAUACACAUGGUGUUUUUUGCUGAGGAAUUUAUGUGGGUGCCAAAGCACACCAAGGACACAUUGUUCAUAUCAGCGAUAAUCGGGUACGUGUGCUCCAUUGAGGCUGUGGUCCUGGCGGCGCUGACCAAGUGUCCCUCGACGUACCGUCACGUGAUCGACGACUACAGCGACAUGUGCCUGGAGGAGCGCGAACUCAGUCCCAUCUGUAGCAACGAGCACACGAACAACGUCAACAACACCACCCUGGACGCGAACGGUGGCGCGGCCAGCGAGCUGACGAACCAUCGGAACUACAACAACAGUAGUGGCAACAAAACCGACGACAGUGCCGGUGGUGGGAUACCGAUGUGCAACCAGAAACCGUACAUACCAGUAAAACGUCCCGACCAAGCGUACAACCAGCGCCCAACCCUUGGCAACUUGCAAAAGUCGGCAAAUCAUCGUAACCGCCAGGGCUACCACUACCAACCAAUCGCCUCAACGUCCCGGCAGAGUCCCACGUUCGUGCUGGACGACGAUGCCAUCCCGGGACCCUCGAACCGCUCGCCGCUCGACUACUCUAGUGCGUGAUAAUGCGCCACGGAACCUGGAUGACCCGUAUGUCUAUGUCCUGCGCCACUCUUCGACGGCGGCGGCGAUGCUCGGUAAUCUCCCCGCACGUGCUGCAAUCCGCAAGAUCUUCUACUGGAUAGUACUGUGGACGACCUCAUCGCAGAACCUGGUAGAACUCGCAGCGCAGAUGCUGCUGAAGGAAUCUCUCUUUUGAACUGGAUCAACAAAUUCCACCCACAAAUACACACGUACAGACACGUAAACCAAACCCCAAAUACUAAAUCGGAAACAUCAAUGCAUUAGCGUACACCACAUAUAGGGCCACCACGUAGGAUUAGUUGGAUUCGUCGAGUUCCGGGUUCGCUGGGGACAACACAACGCGUGGGGAACUGUAUCCUGAAUGGCACGAACGAGCGCGAACUAAUUUGCUGACUUGGUGCACUUGGGCACAAACAUUUGCAGUCUCUUCUACCAACAACCUCCUUCAUCCUGUACAUAAUGCAAAAUCUUUCCAAUCCUCGUCGAUGCUUUGCUGCAUCUUUCGCGCCGAGCAUUAACUAUUGAUUAUGGUUUUUUGAGGGAACCGCGAGGUUUGCUUAGUAGCUGACUAGAGGGGCGACCGGUGGGAGGAGAAACAAUAAUAUAUAAAUUAUAUUAAUUUAGCAACAAACAGAUUUCGUACAGUAAUAAAUUGAAAGAAAACUUAAAAGUAAUAACCGUAAGCAGAGUACAGUACAGCGGCGAGGAGAAAGACGUUGAUUUUUGGAUAAACGCAGUUGUUUCAAAUUACAGUGAAGUAUAAAGGCCACACAGACACAUACACACAUAUAGAGGCGUAUAAUUUCGUAACGUAUUUAUACUAAAAUAGCAAAACUUCUAGUCAACGGGUUUUUAAUAUGGUGCAGGAAGAUAUUAUUGUAGAUAUCACUAAUAGUACGAGCAAGGUUUUGCAAAGGCGGAGAGAUCGUGGAAUCCAGCUACGCAUGAAGUUUUAUUGGGCUGGUUAAGAAGUUGGCAGGUCAACGAAAGGCUACACAUCGUGGUGGUGGUGAAUCGUUUGGAAUCAAUUCCGCAAGUGAUCGAACAGAAUCGAAACCACACUUGGAUUCUUAUUCUCAGCUUUGUUUGUCCCCAUGUUAACAUAUCCUUGUUGAAACCCGUAAGCUUCUCCAAACUUAUUCACACCCGUUUAUCAAAUAUCCAAGGAUCAUACAUUCCCCCGACUAACCCCGUCUACAGCACAGUGGGCUAAAGAAGCUAAUAAGUUUGUUAAUGUUGUUUGAUUUACUUCUUGGUUUCAAGUGAUUCCGGGCUUGUAAGGCGCGAACUAGAUUCCUGGAUUCUCCGGCAUGUUGGCCUGGCUUAGGUUGAACCAGUAGGUAUUCCGCAUUAUGGCGCCAGAAAAGCAAUCUCCACAAAGUAGUAAGUGAAACGUCUCAGCUCGAGAAGUAUCCAAAGUGGCGUUGAUAUUUUUCUAAAAAAAAAAAUAGUCAUACAGAGUGUAAUGUAUGUAACCUAGUAGAGAACAAACCAGCUUAACUAUUUUCCCGAUCAUAGCAUAACGUACGCUACAUCCGUCCCAAUGGAACUAUUUUAUAAAUCUAUUCCAAUUUAGUUGAUACUUUCAUCUAACAUUUGAUCAGUAUCUCUCCAGUAACGUAGCGUGAGGGAUUAGUGCGGAAUGAGUUAGUUUUUGGAGUAUUUAUCUUAUCUGCCGUCCAUAUUUAAACGAUAACACACAUAACUAAACUUCAUACACACAGAAACACACACAGCGAGCAUAUUGGAUAACGAACUGUUAGCAAACCUUCCGCCACAGACAAAUAGACGUAAAAACAAAAAAAAAAUAAACACCUGUCAAUCAAGUCUCACUAGUAACAUCUAGUUGUGAACGAGUGCAAAGCUUCAAGCAACUGUCAAACGAGGGUAAAUGAGCAGUGGUGAAUAAGAAAUGGCGGUGGUGAAUUUUCGAAUUCAUUUCAAAGUGACGUCUAUUUGUUUGUACUUUCUCUAUCACUUGUGUUGUUUCCGGGAGAAGUUUGUUGGAACAACGAUUGAUAGGACAAUAAUUAUGGUUUUGCUCCAAAUGCUUUGCGACGAACAUCAUUUAGCACACGACGACAUCAUUUAGCACGUGCAUACAGGAACACACUUACACAUGCCCACAUACGCAAACACACACGUUUACACAAAUACAACAUUAGAAGACAAUAAAUAGAUCGAAUCAAAUGGGAUCGCGCUAUGCAGCUUCACGUGCCCACUGUGCCUUUUUUAAAAGCAUGUUUUUUCUUGAGCCCUUCCUUUCCUUGAAACAACUCCCCUCAACAGUAGUGGCAGAGUUCUGCUAGAAGACUUUUAAUUUUGCCUUCGAUUUUUCAUUCCUCAUUUGACGAAACAAAAACCAAAACGGUAUUAAUCGCGAUCCGAACCAGAGUUUCUACCUAGUUCAAACGAAAAGUAUUACUUUUACAAAAGAAAACAACCUUAACCCCUCUACAAACCACAUUAGGACCGCACGUCUCAUGGCCCCAUGGCAUUUAUUGGGUGGCGAUUGCGCAAAGUUGACCAACUAUUGAGCUGAUUUUGGCAAAAAAUCGUUAAGAGUGGUUUGGUCCACAGUUUCACUAGAAAGAAGAAAGUAUAUUCUUGUGCAUGAACCACAAUUCCAUCUUACUGUGAUUUAAGGGUCUAAUUUGAACAUCUUAGCUCAUUUGGUAAAGUUUUUGUGAGAUUUUGAAAUAAUUUAUUGUGGAAAAUCUUCACUCGUUCUUAUCUAAAUAAGCUUAAAUUUUAAGAGACAAGAUUCUGAGAUCAUUGUACAACAAAAUUCCGGAUGAUGCACAAGGCAAUAAUCAAAAAUUCUUGGACCACGCUAGUUUACAGUGUUGACCGCAAAACUAACAAAUUAAUUGAAUCGACGAAAUUCCUCAGGAAUAUGUGUUCAAAGCAAAACAUAAGUAAACUAGAAACGCAGAGCGAAGACAAUUCUCGUUCGAUGUUCCAUACUACUGAGACAACUAGUGACAAAAUAUUACUAAAACUAGUUCAAACUAAAAAUCGACAAGAUUGGAAUGACGGCUUUCGAAUAGGGUUGAAACGUCCUCUGAAACGCACAAAGAAACUCCGUUUUUAAAAUAACACCGCAAGAUCAUUUUGCUUGCAACGAUCACACGAAACUAAUGCAAGGUAACCUCAAUAGUUGGUAAACUUUGACAAGAUUGAUUCGGUUCAAAAUUGCCCUGAAAAAGCAUUGUAUCCUACUCUUAGUUAUUGAUGUUUGUUCUUUUCCUAUUAGACGUGAUGUUUCGUUUUUGUUACUAAUUAUCAGCAACACAGAGAAUUAAUGGCUUUAACUCACGAAAGUGGUGAAAUAUUAGACAAAACAAACAAAAAAUUAGAACUUAAAAAACAACCGGCACAUUCUAGUUUGUAGAAUGUCCACCUGCAACAAAAUACAACAAAAAGAAAACUUGAAUGGCAGAUAAACUUCGUUGAACACGAACAGUAUGAGUGUAAAUAUAGUUUUUAGAUAGUUUUGGAGACGGUUGUAGAAAGAUUUAUAUGACAACAAAAGAACAUAUAGUAUCAUACCAAUAAAAUAGAGAGAACUACUGCCAAAGAAUUAUCCUGAAACGAUAGUGUCGUCUUUAAUGAUAAACUUGCAAGAAUCAACAAAACUCGUAAAACUUUCCCUUUGUUUGACAAAAAAAAAAUGUAAUGCAACCUAUAUCCUAAACACCUACACAAACCUUCUCUUAAAAUUGUUAAUUUCAAACGCAUUAGGUUAACAAAAUCCGAAAAAGGAGUGUAAACUCAAUUAUCACAAUUCGCUUCUAAGCACAAACAUGACUUUGAUAAAAAAAACGUUUUCUUCACAUUUUGUAUUACCUACACAUCAGACAAAAAUACAACAAGAAAAAAAAUCGUCGAAUGGUAAACCAACCAAACAUCAAAUAUUAAUUUCAACCAAACAAAGUGUAAUCAAAAUUUGAAAUCGAGAGAGAUGAAACAAGCGUAAAUUCCAUUUUAUAUACCAUAAUUUUACAGGGUAUCGAAAAAAAAAUCCGUUUCAAAUGUGAUUUGAACAUUAACUACUGUAAGAGCUGCUGGAAAUCGGUCACAUUUCCGGCUAGAACGAAUCGCGGUAAUUUAACUAGAAGAAGCGAAGGUGGAAGUUAAAAUAGAAGAAAAAAAAACAGGAAACCAAUUCAAUAUUUAAGCAUAAUACGGUUUUGUCAUAACAAGCGAUGUAGAUAGAAUUGUUAAAUAUGAAAUCAUGAAAGCAUCGUAAUAAUUACCAAACAAAAACAUUGUCAAAUGUUCACCGACAGAUAAUUGAAAAAAAAACGAAGCUGUAUAAAUGAGGAAGCAAAAUCCACGAAAGCUUGAGGAAAAAGUUAAAACAAUUUUUAGCAGGUAAUUGAACGGUAGCAGCAAUAGUGUGCAAUUGUUUAAACAUUGUAUAUUUAUAUCAAAAUUGCUUUAUUUCCCCCCGAUCUCGCCCAUACAAAGUUUGUCUGGAAAGCUGAUAUAUUCCCUAGAAAGUCAAUGUGCUGCAAAACUCUUAUGCUAGUUUCCAUUUCACUUCUAUUUAUAUAGAUCUCUACAGAUAUGCUUCGAUCAAUUCGUAAUAAUAGUAAAGUGCCUAAUUUAGAUAAUAUAGUCAACACACGAACAAAAAUCGGUUUUCGAUUAAACUGCACAAAAUGCGAACCAACAAUUGAAAAACAAAAACAAAACAUUCCAAUCCCAUUUUCAAUUUUCAAAUUCUUUGACUUCUUUUCCCCUUUCCGCUGUUUGAGCACAAGCUUUCUAGGUAAAUAUCUAACUUGUCGGUUAUUUAGAUAUAAAGACACUUUUUACAUUUUAUUUCCCAAACACACACACACAAACACACUCACACAAAAUUUAGAAAACUAAAAACACUCGACAAUUUCCGUUUCGGAUUAUCGGUUUACGUUUCAAACGACAAACAAACACCUACUCAAAUUUUGGCCAUUUUCGACUCACAAAACGAAACAAAAAAAAAAAGCAAAAAGGAAACAAUAUGUACGCAGAUUCCAAAUUUUUGAACAAAAUUAAACAGAGAAAAGGCUCUCUGGAUCGAGAGCAAGUAAAGCGGAAGAAAAAUUAAACAAACAAAAAAAAAACACGAAAAUCAGAAAAAAUAUAGCAAAAAUAUUUUAAUUAAAAAACAAACUAAAGCAGAAUCAUUGUAAAAAUAGACAAUUCAACAUUCCCAAAAUAAA